AUGUACUAUAGUUGCGAGAUUUGUGGAAACCAGACCUACCGAGGUCCAAAAGCAUUUCAGCAACAUUUUUCCGAAUGGCGGCAUGCUCACGGGAUGCGAUGUUUGGGUAUUCCAAACACCAUUCACUUUGCACACGUGACCAAAAUUGAAGACGCCUUAGCCCUGUGGCAACGAAUCCGCACGAUGAAAGAAAAUGAGCGUUGGCGUCCGGAGUUGGAAGAGGAAUUGGCAGAUUCAUCUGGUAAUGUUGUCUCACGAAAGACUUACGAAGAUUUGAAGCGACAGGGUUUGUUGUAA